AUGGCCUCGACCACCCCGCAACCUCUCAAUUCUCCCACUUCUCCCAUCCGCUCCAGCGACGAACCCGAAAUUCUUCCAAGUCAUCGCCAGGACAAUUUCAGGCCGCCUCAGCAUGCCAGCACGUUCGAUGGAUUCGAGCGUCGAGUCGAGACGGGCUUCAGGAGCCUCACACGCAAAGGUCGCAAGUCCACUCACACAUCGCUGCAGGAUUGGGCUGCGAAGGACGAACCAUACCAUCGCUAUGUGCGCGAGCUCGUCGCAGCAGGAUGGAGCAAUCUGCAGGACCUAGAUGACUACUUAGGACGUCCCGCUACACAGCACAACGAAGUCGUAUCCGUGUUAGAUAUCACAUCUGCGACGAAGCAUCACUACCCGGACCUGAAGACCAACUUCGAGCUGAAGAAUUUCUUGGCCGUCAACAAGAGACCGGCAGACACCGUCCGCAUAUAUAUGGCAGAGUACAAGAAGCUGCCGUCUGCGGAGCUAAUAGAAGCGUUCGGAAGUAGCUUGCACCUGGAUCGAAGAUUCUUCCAGUGGAGCAUUCACAGCAAAGGCCAUGUCUUCACACCUUCACAGCGACAUCGAGCUCCAUACGUGACUCUCGGUUGUGGGGUUCUAGAUGCUUCAACAGCCAGAGCGACCGAUGUUGAGAAGUUCAAAGUCCUGGUCUACAUUCAUGAUGGAGAGCAAACGGAAACAGGCUGGACAGCGCUUUUUCUCUUCAGCUCUCGAACGAAGAUCAAUAUGUCUGUAGAGCUCCUGAACGACCCGCCUCCUUUCCCCUCUUCUCUACCUCCAAUUCGACCCGAGUUCAAGUCCUUCCGCCAAUUAUACCUCGAUUCCUUUGACUACGUCAACCUCGAUUACGCUGUGAAGUCUCCCUUCAUACUCGUAUCCAGUCUUUUCGGUCUCAACUGCUUCUGCUGGAACCAAGUCAUUACCACAAUUCGAGAAGAAGAUGCUCGUGUGGGAGGGAUUUCGGAUACUACAAUCGGACAUGCGGAAGAAAUCACCAAAACUUUAUCAGCGAUUGAGCGUGGUGGCAGCUACAAAUGGCAUGGCAAAGAUGAACAACCGGCACAAGCCCGCAAAGCUGAAUUGAUAGAAGAUUACAAUCAUUUGGUGGAUCAAAUAAAGCUGCUUUGGGAGACGAGAGACAAGAUGGCCGACAUUCGAAAGCGGAAUUCAGAUACCCGGUGGACUGCUCUUACAAAUGCUUUCACUUACCUGUGA